AUGAUUCGAUACAAGCCAACCGCUAUCGCUCUAGGCCCAGAAGACCUCCUCUUCCACCUGGAAAGAUUUCGUUACAACUACGCUCGUAUUGUUCCAUGGCAUCCAGCCAGCAGCGAUGAGGACGAUGACGAAGAUGAAGGCCAUAAUGAUGCCUUUUUGGAUCCUGAUAGCUUCUCACCGUACUACUUCUCUCCAACCAGCUCCAAGUUUAACAGUGAUAGUGAACCAGACCAUGACCUUCCAUCUUCUCGACAAUGGAGCGGGCUGCAUGAAGAAGGAGCUGGUCAGCCUUCACUUGGAUUACGACUGUCUGAUGGGAUAUCGCAGACAGAGGCGCCUAUCGACUUCCAAUUGGACAAGGGGCAUGAGCACAACUCACCAGAGAGCAUUCACAGCACAUCACAAAGAAAGGAUGAAGCAUCCGGGCGUAUAAAUCAACAUCGCCUUUCACUACGGGUCGCACAGAACUAUACAAACGUCUCAUUGCAUCAACCGAUACCUGACAUCUCCUUGUCGCUGGAUAUGUGGAAAACCGCUCUCAACACGGCCUAUAAAGGGCUGAGAAACUCCCUCACGAAGCCAGGAUAUCCGUGUGCUCAACAUCCUCUGACAUCUUCGUGUCAACGACCCCCAACCCCAUCAGACUUCUCUCUGCCAUCUGUCUUCUCGGCUAGGAAGAUUCUGUUGCGUGACAGCUGGCACCAAACCCAUCAAAGGCAACUUGGUAUCGCUCCCAGAGCCUCUGGUCGAACACUUGGUUCAGACGAAGCUAACCACGAUAUGCCAGAAUCUCUCGAUCCUGAUGCCCCUCUGGGUGACAGCACUCAACUCCGCCUCUUCUUCACACGGCCCAUCUACUCUCCGUUGGGCAAUCUCCUGCACAAAGAGACCACGCGCCAACUCCACGCAAUGGCCCCUUCAGGAUGGACACCUGUCAACAUGCAAGCAAGCUCAACCGCCAAUGCUAGCUGCUCCCCGACUGGUAAGCGCAGCAACAUUUACGAUCUGUUGACUAUAGAUUCUCCACCAAAGUCGGAGUACCACAGCCAGGCGCAUCAAGAUAAGUUCAUCAGAGGCCUGUCACCCAGCUCUGAAACCAAUGCCUUCUCCAACACAUCCACCAACACGCACAACACGCCCCACAACACCCAGAUUGUAUCCGAGCAUGCCAUGUCCACCCAAGGAAGACAGAAAGAAAGCGGAUGCACUGUUCGUCAUGCUCUGCAUGGGGCCCAUUUUGAGUCAAAGAAGGUGCGUGACUCUCCGGACGUUGCCAAUGGCUUGGUCACUGAUAUGUGCCUGGGACACUCAAAAGCAGGAUGUUACCAUGGACCAAGCCGGAAGUGUUCAGAAUCAGACUACCCGAUUGGGCGGUGA